AUGCCUUCCGGGGUGCUGAUUGCCGCAGCCCUGGAUAACGGAUCGAUAAACUCCAGUCCUACUGCAGCAACAGGGGCCGCACUUUACAACCCGUAUCUGGCAGCCCAAGGAAGGGUUGGCACCCCUGGUACCAUGACUGGUGCUAUGGGAAACCCCUCAGAUGUACAUCAGGUACUUGCAGCUCUGGCUACAGCAACAACGUCACCCGCAAUAAUGAAGGAUUCUCGAUGGCUCACAUUGGAAGUCUGUAGGCAGUACCAACGGAAGAUGUGUUCCAGAGAUGAAAAUGAAUGCAAGUUCGCUCAUCCUCCUUCACAUGUGGAUGUACAAAAUGGGCGAGUAAUUUGCUGUUACGAUUCCAUUAAAGGAAAGUGUCAACGUCAUGACCCCCCAUGCAAGUACUUUCAUCCACCCCAGCACCUGCGUGAGCUUCUUCUCCAAAACGGUCGGAAUAAUCUGAUCUUAAAGAAUAUGCAAUUACAGCUGUUGCAACAGCAGAUCGCUCAGGGAGCGAUGUUGCCGGGUCUGUCAGCUGCUAUAGCCGCUGCUGCCUCUGCAAAUGCCGCCGCCUCAUCCGUGGCAGCGGCUGCAGCAUCAACGGCUGGAAAUGUCGGCACUCCGGUGACCUCCACCUCUCUUGGUCCAACGCUUUCCCAAACAACGCCAUCACCAACUCAACCUUCCCAACAAACAACACCACAGUCCCUCUCUGCUGUCACAGCUCUAGCGGCCAAUCUCGACGCUCCAGUUACCAACCCACUAGCCCAAGUUUUCACGGCUCAACCAAAGUCCCCCUUUAUCGAUCCACUAUGCGCGCAAUUGUAUGGACAAGCUCCAGUCGUUUCUCCAGGAGGAACACGAAAAAGGACCGCAAAUGAGUCUUUUUACUCUCCGUUUCUCACAGGGUCUUCAAUGCUGAAUUAUGGGCCUCAGCUUGAUCCCGCGAUCUUUCAGCAAAUUGGCCCUAAUGCAUUGGGUGUUAGUCUGUCACCAUACCUCACUCCAACACAACUUAAUUCGAUGGCAGCGGCCGUUGCUUCAGCUGCACCAUUGAAGUCAGUACCCUCAACAGUACCCUUGGCUAAUGGUGGGGCUCCAGGUACCCCGGGAGGUCUUACUGCAGCUCAUUUAGCAGCUCUUGCCACUGCAGCGAUGAACCCAAUGGGUGCGCUAGCAACUCCCGCGAAAAGACCUGCUUUGGCUGAUGCAAAAUCGGGACUUCCAAUGUUUGAUUAUAGUCAAGGAAUGUACGCCAUACAGACACAAAUGCAGAACACCAAAAAUGGUAUUCAACAACAGACACAUUCAGCUAUGUCACCUCAGGUAACGUCACAUAAGCUGUCGGGUUCGAACUCACAGGAGAACGGAAAUGUCGUGGAGAAUGGAGCCUCUAGUGAAGAUGCAGGCGGACAGAAAAAUCAGCUUGCUGCUUCUAAUGUCGGACAAUUUUAUCCAGAAACGUACAUUGAAGUCCCGCACUACGUCUACCUAUAG